GGUGUUGGCAAUUCUUUUGAUGAGAUGAAAAGAUAUGUGAGUUUUAGGGGGAGGUUUACACAACCUUCGAUCUUUCAUAGGAGAACGCCGUCACCAAUUUCCCAAGACAAAGACAUUGACUGACAUGUGUAACAUCGAUGGGUUCAACACAACACAACAUGUCUUAGUUAAGAUUUUUCUAACACCCAGAUGAGCCUCGUGUUUGAACUCAUUUAUCAUACUUUUCCUGCUCUUCUCUUUACAAACACCGGAAUCGGAAUCUCAAAUUUCAGCAUAGGAGAAGCAAAGAAAAAGACACAGGAAUAUGACGGGUUCAGAAUCUCCAAUCCUUAAAUCUCCACCAUGGAUUAGUUCUCGACCGUCUACCCCUGGAGCUUCGUUUCUUCAUACGGCUUCAUUGAGUUGUCCCACCAAAUAUUUCUCUGAAACAAGAGAAGUAACUAAAACUCUGGCACCAAAUGCCUCAGCUUCAUCCCCACCUUCUCCGGUGAAAAUGCGCAAACUUGGAGAACAAGAGCGUGCAUUGAGAUCUAAAACGUCAUUGACGCUUUCACUCCCAGAUGAAGAGACGUUUGGUCAGCCUAUUAUCGACUUACCUGGCUUAAACAUAGCCCGCGAUUUUGGUUUUGGAUUGAGUCUUGGAUCAAGGACGUCAAGAAUCGAAGAGAGAAGAUCAGUUGCUUUUGUGGAAGAAACCAGAGAGGAUGGCAAAAAAAUCUUGAAGGAUGUAAAUUUUGAUACUCACAAACGACGUAUUGAGGACAAAGGACUUGAGCCGAUGCCAAUAGGAGAUGGAGCUGAGGAAGCGAAGCAAAGGAGUAUCUCUGAGAUACUUGAUCGGCGGGAAGGCGACGAGGAAGGCAAAUGCAAUAUAUUCUUUGGUCGCUUUAGGAAGGUUUGGGGAUAUCUCACUGUGAAAUUUUCUUGUUUUUAGGGUUGGAUAUAAAAUAGCAGACGCAAUCUAGGUAUGAGCUUUCACGAACGGAAUUAUUUCAACAACCAAACUGAAUCCAAUACGUCGAACAGUCUAAGGGUCCGAAGAUUCUGUUUGAAUUCAAGAACAGAAAGCCUCUAGGUUCCAGAAUGAAGUGUGGGCUAUCAAACAUCACAAGGUUGCGAUGAUGGUGGUCUAUGAGUAUGAGUAGCAUCCGAUGUCAUGUAAAUUGGUAUCAUUCACAACAAUCGGGAUUGAUUAAUUUCAAUUCUUGGACGAGCUUAGAAAGAUAGGAAUUCUCCGGGAUGGCAUGUUCAACAUAAUACCUAUUCAUCGAUCUCGAAAAACCAAUUGUUCCCGAUGAAUAUAUUGAAAUGCAGAAGGAAAAAUUGGGUAGCUAAAAUUAGACACAUGAUAACGAUCAAUAUUAGUGAAGUUGAAGAUA